AUGUUAUCAUUUAUUAUUCUGGUCAUGUGUUUUACCAUUGUUACAUUGAAAUCUUAUGUCUUUGAACCAUUAUCAUGUUAUAUUCCAACUACAUUCUCGGGUUCUAAUUUGGGAUCAUAUAUUAAUGCAUUUUGUUGGAUUAAUGGGACUACACCGAUAAGUGUAGAUACAGAUCAGUUAGAUGAUCAAAUGUAUUGGAAUAGUUUAGAAGAUAAAAAAAUUAAUUAUUACCAGUGGGUCUCACUCGUCUUGGCGUUACAAGCUAUUCUAUGUUAUUUACCUCGCCUUAUUUGGGAAGCAAUUACUUUUAAUCGUGUUGGAACAAAUUUAGGAUUCUUGCUUGAAUCGGCCCGAGAGGCUUCAAAGGAAACUGGAAAGGAAAGAUCAAAUCGUGUUCAGUUUAUAGCAAAUGUUAUGGAUACAUUGUUGUUUGCUCGUCGUGAUCUGCACAAAGUAGACGAUUUUAAAGAUCAAAACUUUAUGAAAACCGUUUUGCAUACAAUCCAAAAUUUACUUCCUCGUAAAAGACUUGGUACUGCAUUAGUCACAUACUACAUGAUAAUCAAGUUGUUUUAUUUGCUAAAUGCAGUUGGACAACUUUUACUGAUGGAACGAUUUUUGGGUAUUCAUGGAGAAUAUCGCCUAUUUGGUUUAUCAAUUUUAAGUGAUUUGAUUAUGGGUAGGCAUUGGAAUGAAACUAGUGUCUUCCCUCGAGUAGGUUUUUGUCGUGUACCAAUCAAGUUGACAAGUACACCUAUACCUAUGGUCACCGUACAAUGUACAUUGCCAGUUAAUAUGUUGAACGAAAAGAUCUACGUGUUUUUAUGGUUUUGGUUUGUGUUUGUCGCUUCUCUGGAGGUUGCAAGUAUUGGAGUUUGGAUCUGUCGUUUGGCCGCGCGACAGUCAAGAUUGCGACAUUUGGUUCGAUACUUAGAAAUUGCAGACGUUUAUGAAGAAUCAAUGGACCCAUUGCUUGCUCGAUUCGAGAUGACAUUCCUUCGACUCGAUGGUAGUUUCCUCUUACAAAUGAUGCGUUUAAAUGCUGGAAGUCUUAUCACACAAGAAAUCUUACAAGCAAUGUUGAAGCGUUACACAGAACAAGAAAAGUAUGCUCAGAAGAAACGCGUCGAACGGGAACUUUCUGGACCAAAGUCGGUAGAAAUGGAGAAGACUAGUUUACUUCCUGAUUCUCCCGAUUGUACUGUAACAAAGCGUUUAGAUGUUGUUUAA